UGGAAUGUCCUGCAGUAUCUAACAUGUAAGCAUGUCAAAUUAUUUUCUAGACAGAAUCUGAACCUCUGUUUCUCUCUCUCUCUUCCUCUCCCUGUCUUUCUCUCUCUCUCAUUUACUUUUAACAUGGAAUUCAAAACGCAUGAAAAAAGAAGCUUAUUAAACAAGAAUUUAGAGGAGAAACUGACGGUCUCUCCUGGUGAUUCGGAAGCCAAACCUCUGAUCUUCACAUUUGUCCCCACUGUCAGAAGACUACCAACCCACACUCAGUUGGCUGACACCUCUAAAUUCCUUGUUAAAAUUCCUGAAGAACCAAGUGAUAAGAGUCCAGACACUGUAAAUAGGUCUAAUUCCGAUGACUACUUGACCUUGAAUGCUGGAAGACAAGAGAGAGACCAAGGGACAUUGACUUCAGAGGUCAGUGGAAAGAUUUCACAAGAAAGGGGAUUUAAAGAAAGUGAACCUCAAGGAAUGCAGCAAAGUGACCUCUUCAAAGCUGAGUAUGUCCUUAUUGUGGACUCUGAAGGGGAAGAUGAAGCUACAAGCAAAAAAGGUGAACAAGGCCCCUCGGGGGAGACAAGCACUGCAGUUGUCCGACCCAAGUCUCUAGCAAUCUCCUCCAGUCUGGUCUCUGAUGUGGUGCGUCCCAAAACACGGGGGGCUGAACCCAAGGCCUCAUCACAUCCUGAAAUAGCUCAUGCGAUGGGCCCUCAGCAAAAGCAUGGGCAGGACCUCAGGAAGAUGAUGGAAUGAAUAACCAAGUUGGGGAUGUGGGGAUUUCCAUUGUCAGUGGAGGGUAGUUUUAUGUGACCCCCAUGAGAAGAACAUGUAGGUGUGAUGAUACCAAAUAUAAAUAAAGAAAAAUAUUAUUAAUAAAUACAUUUUGGGGUUUUUGACUUACUCUUUUCCAAAACUGAUAGAUUUCUUCCCCUGAACUGGACAUUUAUUUUUAUUUUCAUGUGGCCAUAUAUAUAUAAGUCAAACUAGAGGUUGAUGCAUACUUUGGAAUCUUUUUUCCAAAAACAUUAUUUAGGAGUAAGUUAUAGUUCAUGUUUCCAAAGCUCCAAAUAAAAAGGCAAAGCUCAAUGUAAUUUAUUAGUUGUGGCUAAAAAUUAUGUUUACCAGUAACAGAGGAAUACUGGAUCCUGAAAUACUCAGGAACGGCCAUUGUUUCUGUUUCCAUUUCCUAUAAUAAUCCAUUGAGUCAUGAAAUAAAAAUAAGAUGACUGUUAUCACAAUGUAAAUUAAACAGAAAUGACCAGAGCACCAAAGAAAGUAGUUUAGGCAAUUUAAUACAGGCAGUAAUAGAACUCUAAUGUAAAAAGUCUGAAAAGUAUUCCAUGAUUGACCUACUUGAUUUCAACAACAUCAAUUUUUCAAUCAGAAAUGCAGUCAGUUAAGUGAAUUGUUAGCUAGUCUACGUGGUAAAAAUGAAUCCAGGUACAGAAUUGUUUGUAAGUUAGCACUAGGGGUGAGCCAGCCACUCCUAAGACAUCCUGGAAAAGAUCUUGUUUUUAGUCUGGUCUUCAAUCUGUUUGUAAGCUAGACUGGAUGUCCUUUUCCAUCUGCAUCUUGUCCCUCUCUUCUUCAACUCUUUUGAACUAACACCGAAGCACCCACUCACACCUUUCCAUCCCUGAGCCCCCUGUGAACUUUCUUCCCCAGAUGCAUCUCCAUUUUGGCCUAGGCUACUUGAUACUCUAAGCUCAGCUCAAGUAGCACCUCUACUUACAGACAUUCUCUUUGAAGAGGAGUUAGUUCUCUCCUCUUCCUUCGUUGCAAUUUUCUUUAUUGUUUCAUAGCUUUUUUUGAAAAUCUCCAUUAUAAUUCAUUUUCACCCUGUUGUAAUAAAUGAUUUUAUCUUUCUUCCUCACUAGAUUAAAAAUAAUUUGAAAUCAA